AUGAAGCAUUUCCUCAGGGUGCUGACCCAGUUCUUCGCCUUCCUCUACUGUAAAUGUCUCUGGCGGGGCCUGAAGUUUGUCGUCAGGAAGUUUACGGGCCGCUGCGAGCUGCAGAGGAUCUGCUACAACAACAAGCACGGAGCUCGCCGGACCUUCAAGAUCGAGUCAUCCCUGCGGUACUCCAAGCAUGAACUGCUGCAGUCCGCCCUCAGCGUCCAUCCUGACAAAGUCGAGAAAACCAUCGAGGACAUCGUGGCCUUGAAGAAGAUUAAUCCGGACACCAACCCACAGCUGGGCGUCUCUCUGCAGGCCAGCCUGCUGCAGAUUGUGGGCUACAGGAGUCUGCUGGCGGAGGUGGAGAAGCUCCGCAGGGAACCGUACGACUGUGAAAACCCCGAGCACGAGGACACGCUGAUGAAGCUGUGGAAGGAGCUGCGCCCCGACACCCCCCUCACCAGUCGCAUCUCCAAACAGUGGUGUGAAAUCGGUUUCCAAGGCAGCGAUCCCAAGACUGAUUUCAGAGGCAUGGGCCUGCUGGGUCUGCACAACCUGCUGUAUUUUGCAGAACACGACAAGUCCACUGCUCUGCAGAUGCUCCAGGAUUCCUUACAACCAAAGCGCAAUGAGACAAACAAGCCCGACUGGGAACAGAAGAACCUCGACAAAGCCAUUGGCUACUCUUUUGCCAUCGUGGGCAUCAACAUCACAGACCUGGCCUACUCCCUGCUGGUGAGCGGCGCUCUCAAGACUCACCUGUACAACGUGGCCCCCGAGACGCCCAACCUGCUGCACUUCCAGCAGACCUUCUGUUACCUGAUGCAGGAAUUCCACCGCUUCUGGAUCGAGGAGGAUCCGAGCGACAUCAUGGAGUUCAACAGGGUCCGCUCCAAGUUCCACAAGAGGAUCCUGAGGCAGCUGAAGAACCCGGACACGGCCUUGUGUCCCCACUUCUCUGCCUCCGACCUCCAUCUGGUCAACCUCUAAACUCCACACCGUCACUGUGUCCCUCACAUCCUCACAGAGAUAUCGAACGGGUGUUCGGACAAAAAUACGAAAUAAUAAUAAUUUAAAAAAGUUCCAAUCACGGCUCAAACUGCUGCACAUACCGGAGGAGACUUUCCAGCCAACAUCAUGUCGCGUCACUGCCAACAAACCACUAAACACAUUAAACCUGCACCAAAUCUCGUCUUAGGCCAUGUCUACACUAGACCGGUUAAUUUUUUCAAUUUGUAUUUUUUUUUCUCCAUUUGAAAAAUUUUAAGAAAUUUGCUCCAGAGAAGAGCUGGAAACUAAACUACGCAAGGUC